AUGGACCUUGGAAACUAUGGCUAUCCCACACCAGCAGUGGAAAAGAUUGAUUCUAGCUAUGAUGUGCCUGAAGGAGUGGAAAUUCGGGGUAGAUACGAUAAAGAGUUUGCAAAAAUUCUCACAAAAGAUGCUUUGAAAUUCGUUGCUGACCUACAACGUGAGUUCAAGAACCAUAUCAAGUACGCACUAGAGUGCAGAAGAGAAGCAAAGAGGAGGUACAAUGAAGGGGCUCUACCAGGGUUUGAUCCUGCCACCAGGUACAUAAGAGAAGGAGAGUGGGUGUGUGCACCUGUUCCACAAGCUGUUGCUGAAAGGAAAGUUGAAAUCACAGGCCCUGUGGAGAGAAAGAUGAUCAUCAAUGCUCUCAACUCUGGAGCUGAAGUCUUUAUGGCUGACCUUGAAGAUGCACUCUCACCUAGCUGGGAGAAUCUGAUGAGAGGGCAAGUGAACUUGAAGGAUGCAGUGGCUGGUACCAUAAGCUUCCAUGACAGAAGCAGAAACAGGGUUUACAAGCUCAAUGAUCACACGGCGAAGCUUUUUGUUCGACCAAGAGGUUGGCACCUACCUGAGGCCCAUAUUCUGAUUGAUGGUGAACCUGCAACCGGUUGCCUUGUUGAUUUUGGCCUCUUCUUCUUCCACAAUCAUUCAACCUUCCGUCGUACUCAAGGUGCUGGUUUUGGCCCUUUCUUCUAUCUUCCCAAAAUGGAGCAUUCAAGAGAAGCCAAGAUAUGGAACAAGGUGUUUGAGAUGGCAGAGAAGAUGGGAGGCAUAGAAAGAGGAAGCAUAAGGGCCACUGUUAUGAUUGAAACACUUCCUGCGGUGUUUCAAAUGGAUGAAAUUCUGUAUGAGCUCAGGGACCACUCUGUGGGUCUGAACUGUGGACGGUGGGAUUACAUUUUCAGUUAUGUUAAGACCUUCCAGGCUCACCCAGAACGCUUGCUACCAGACAGGGUCCAGGUUGGCAUGGCUCAACACUUCAUGAAGAGCUAUUCCGAUCUUCUCAUCAGGACAUGCCAUAGGCGCGGUGUGCAUGCUAUGGGAGGAAUGGCAGCUCAGAUUCCAAUAAGAGAUGACCCAGUGGCUAGUGAGGCAGCAUUAGAACUGGUAAAGAAGGACAAGCUUAGAGAGGUGAAGGCAGGGCAUGAUGGGACUUGGGCUGCACACCCUGGUCUAAUUCCAGCAUGCAGGGAGGUUUUUAACAACAACAUGGGCAAUGCUCCUAAUCAGAUAAAGACAAUGAAACGUGAUGAUGCUGCAAACUUAACUGAAGAAGACCUCUUGCAGAUACCUAGAGGAGCCCGAACCAUGGAAGGUCUACGCCUGAAUACACGGGUGGGCAUUCAGUAUGUGGCAGCAUGGCUCACUGGAGCUGGUUCAGUGCCUCUUUACAACCUCAUGGAAGAUGCUGCCACUGCUGAGAUUAGCAGGGUGCAGAACUGGCAGUGGCUCAAGUAUGAAGUUGAACUCAAUGGGGAUGGGCUUCAAGUGAAAGUCAACAAAGAACUUUUUGGUAGAGUGGUUGAAGAGGAGAUGGCUAGGAUUGAAAAAGAAGUGGGAAAAGACAAGUUCAAGAAGGGAAUGUACAAGGAGGCUUGCAAGAUCUUCACCCGCCAAUGCACAUCCCCAACACUAGAUGAUUUCCUGACUCUGGAUGCCUAUAAUCAUAUAGUCAUACAUCAUCCAAGGGGAUCAUCAAGACUUUGAACUUUGAAUUGGUUCAUUAAGUAUAACUAGUAGUUCGUUGAUUUGGAUUCUGUCUUGUGUAACCUAUGUCGCCCCUUAUCUUUUCAUCA